AUGAGCACGCCGGAACCUGCGUCCGUUCUUGAAAGUAGACCAACUGAUGCAUGGACCGCUGCUGCGUCUGCUGGCACCCUCGCACCUUCGGCAUCGCCAUCCUCGUCGGUGUGGUGUUCGUCAUCGAGUAACGCUAUGCCCGUCCCUGGUCCCAAUGAGGACAUCGCUUUGACAUCGUCACAACCGCCGCCAACAUUGGCGUUUCAGCCGGCCGAUUCACCGUUUCAUGAAAAGUCUCCCAUUCCUCCAUUACCACGAGGCAGGCACGGUCCUACGAACUCUCUAUCUACCAUACCUUCGUUUGACACACGCCCCGCUGUAGCUUCAGCACUUGACGGUGGCUUGCAUGCACAUCCACCCCGCGGUCGUACACGAGCAGGUACCAUGCCAUCUAGGUUUGGCGCCCCAGGUGCGCCACUUCCCAAAUUCGACGAGCCUCUGUGGAGCGGUGCCCUUGGCGCGAGUCAUGUAAGUGUGCCUCGCCAUGCGACCGAUUUCGAGAAGGUAUCAACCACGUAUAACAGCGGUUUGCCGUCAUUGCCCGACGGAUUCCGCCUGUUGUCCGAAAAGAGCGACGCUGAUGCCCUUGGUGAGACGCAGGAAUCGUCUCUCGCCAAGACCCUAGACUACUUGGGACUUGGCGAUGAGCCUCGACCAGUGCCACGAGAACGUGCUCGCACCGAUGCAAGUGUCAAACCGGCGUUGGGUAUGAUGGAGUCAUCUCAUCACCUUGUAAUCGACCGAUUUUUACAGCCCGAGUUGCUCCAGCAGCAGCAACAACAACAAAACCGUAUAUCAUCGGCGACGUCUCCAGCGCCGCCAAUGAUGCCGACUCAGAUCCAUCCUCAAAGCCAGGCUCCGACGAAAGGAUCUUCGCAGCCGUUCAUGUCUCGUGCGCCCGGUUUUGGUCGUUUGCGUUCAGGAACAGUUGCCGCUAUGAGUGGACCUGACGGACGACAGCGCACGGAACUCGAGCUUCAGCGCGCAUAUGGGAUGAUGACACCAGACGCACUUUCAGCACGCGUUCGAAGCAACUCUGCUCAUUUGCACUCCAGUCAGCCGCGCGAUUCUAGAGAGGAACGCAACCUGUACAUUACACGCUUGAGUACACAAGCCUCUACACGUCUUCUCUUACGUCUCUUUGAGCCGUACGGCAUGAUUGAAGACAUUCUAUUAUUCCCGCAGCACGGAGCUGCUUCUGUCCAGUUCGAAGAAGCCAUUCAAGCUGAGCAAGCGGCCGAGGCCGGCACUUCUUUCAUUGGUGCUUACCUCAUGGAGCUGUUUAGUGACCAAUCGGUCAUGCCACAUUUUGCCGCUGGAAUGAGCUCAAUUCUGCCGCCUAGCAUGGAUGUGGAACCAGUCGCUUCGCGCGUCAUCCAAGUGUCGGCCUUGCCACCUGGCACGACACAGUCUGAGCUGACGCAGCUAUUCCUGAUGGCUGGCCCCAUCGAGCAUGUGGCAGCUCAGCCACACGCCGUGCAAAUAACGUUCGAACGUAUCGAAGAUGCUCGCACAGCACUUCAGUUGGAUGCGAGCUUGCCAUUUGGUGGUGCAUGGCCACUGCGCGUACUCUCUGUAUCUGAAGAAGACAUCUGGCCUCGUAGGCAGCCGCGAGCGACCCGCGUCGGUGGUUCGGCAAGCAUCGUGCCCAGCAGCGAUAAGGGCGGUGUGCCCCUCCCGUCUGAGCUCGCACCAUCACUGGCGCCUGAUCAACAACGGGAAUGGCUCAAGGUCCUGCGCUUCCAGUCUGGUCUCGAUCCAGAGCUUGAGCAGGUCGCUUCGCCCGUCGAGCACACUUAUGCAACAAGCAUUCCACUGCCGGCCGACGGUGGUCGAGCCAGCCGGCGUAUGGAUCAUGCCAAGUACCGAGAGUUGCGCAAGACGCUCGAAGCGCACCGGCUGACGCAACCAGAAGUUGACCAAGUCGCUCUAGAGCAACUUGAUGUCAUUGUCGAGCUUGCGCGCAACUACAUUGGUAAUACAGUGGUGCAGCGUUUUUUCGAACAAUGUUCCGAGUCUGCCAAGACACGCAUGCUUGAGAAGCUAGCGCCGCAUCUAGCCUCUAUUGGCACUCAUAAAAAUGGCACAUGGGCUGCACAAAAAAUCAUCGACUGUGUUCGUACCGAGGAACAGCAAGACCUCAUUGUCCAACACAUGCAGCCGUAUGUGCCACCGCUACUAUUAGACCAGUUCGGUAACUAUGUUGUCCAAUGUGUGUUGCCAUUUGGAUUUCCAAAGGCCGACUUCAUCAUGGAUGCCAUGGUCGACCGGUGCUGGGAAAUUGCACAGGGCAGGUUCGGUGCCCGCAGCAUGCGGACUUGCUUGGAGCAUCCCGACAUGCCUCGGCACCAUGUAAAACGAGUAGCUCUCGCUAUCAUUUUACACUGUGUACCGCUUUCCACCUCGUCAAAUGGAGCUCUCUUACUCACAUGGCUCUUUGAGUCGUCCGGCCUUGCUGGCGUCAGUACAUUGGUCGCCCCGCGUUUUGUCCCCUUCAUGUCUCAAAUGUGCACACACAAACUAGCAUCUGGUGUGAUAUUGCGGAUUCUAUCGCAAACGGCUGACUUAGAGUCAGCUCGCCUCCUCCUUCAGACCCUCUUCGAUGUGCCCCGCAUGCAAGUGCUGGAAGAAGUGCUCUUGGACCCAGUUCAUGGAGUUCUCCUUGUGAGCCGUGCACUGUUAAGUCCAGCACUUGAACGUGAUGCGCAAGUUAAAUACUCACAAGCAACCGCUGAGCUCCUCCAACGCAACGAUCUCGUAUAUGUGCCUGCUUACCGCCGCCUAGCCGAACAGGUCGGUGUCUUGCACGAUGUGCCGACGCGUGUCCCUACACUCAAAUGGGAUGGAAAUGCGCCACUACACCCGCCGCCAACAAGCUUGACGUCCCUUCCACCUGGAGCUUUGCCUGCGACCACAACCGGCCUUUCAUUAUCAGCUACUCUUCCACGACCCGCCUCUACACCAGUAUUCCAGAACGAACUAGGGUGA